AAAUCCGGUUACCUUGAACGACGUGAACGAGGUGGAGGCAGUCAGCCUGCGACGGUAAAACAAGCGAGGACAGGUUUAAAGAGAACAAGCCUAGUCCAUAUUUUAAAAGAAAGGAAAAAAAGAAUUAGUAAGUUGAAGAAUAUCUGGAUGUGAACGCCAUUGUUGUCACCUCCGCGCGAGCCCAGUUACUUAUUGGCUCGCGGCUUCUGGUGGUUUCGGCGUGUCGCUGUCUGCCCAUUCUCACUGGCGUCUACACUAAGGAGGACUCCAUGAAAGAUGACAGAGGAGGUGAUUGUUGUAGCCAAGUGGGACUACACGGCCCAGCAGGACCAGGAACUUGACAUCCGUAAAAAUGAGCGUCUCUUCCUCCUCGACGACUCGAAGACAUGGUGGCGCGUUCGCAACGCCGCCAACCAGACGGGGUAUGUGCCGUCAAACUACGUGGAACGCAAGAACAGCCUAAAGAAAGGCUCGCUGGUGAAGAACAUCAAAGACACACUGGGUUUAGGUAAACACAAGAGGAAGACGAGCGCCCGGGAUGCCUCCCCCACACCGAGCUCGGACACGGAGUACCCUUCUAAUGGCAGGGAGGGUGGAGGUGUGGUCGGAGCCGCCGAGAGGAUCUACGACCUCAACAUCCCUGCUGUGGUGAAGUUUGCUUACACAGCAGAGAGGGAUGACGAGCUGACGCUGAUGAAGGGCUCCAGGGUGAUGGUUAUGGAGAAGUGCAGCGACGGCUGGUGGCGGGGCAGUCAGGCGGGCCGCGUGGGCUGGUUCCCCUCAAAUUAUGUCCAAGAGGAGCUCGCAGGGGCCGACGACAGAGAGGAGGGAGACUCCUCACAUCGCUACCAAGUAGUACCUCAAGGAACUUUGUUAGCAAAUGGUCGCGCAGGCGGCCGUGGCAGUGUUCUUCAUCAGGUUCAAACACUCUACCCUUUCAGCUCUGCGACAGAGGAGGAGCUGAACUUUGAGAAAGGAGAAAUCAUGGACGUGGUGGAGAAGCCUGAGAACGACCCUGAGUGGUGGAGGUGUAAGAACUCCCGUGGCGUUGUGGGUUUGGUACCUAAAAACUAUGUGAUGGUGCUUGACGAGCAGCCUAGCAUACCCUCCUCUACAUCAGGCUCUCCACAGAACCGCUUGGCACCCGCACGCUCAGGGAGGUUCGCUGGGAGGGACUGGUACUACGGCAACAUCACCAGACACCAGGCCGAGUGUAUGCUGAACGAGAAGGGGGAGGAGGGCGACUUCCUCAUACGAGACAGCGAGUCAUCGCCCAGUGAUUUCUCCGUGUCUCUGAAGGCGGUGGGGAAGAAUAAACACUUUAAAGUGCAGCUGUUGGACGGAGUUUACUGCAUCGGCCAGCGCAGGUUCAACUCCAUGGAUGAACUAGUGGAGCAUUACAAGAAAGCCCCCAUCUUCACCAGCGAACAUGGAGAGAAGCUGUACCUGGUGAAAUCGCUGCUGUGAUUCUCACAUCUGCACUGGAUCUCAAACAAAACACAUGUACACGCAUGAUACACCACUCCCUUACUGUCUUAACUCGAGCCUUAGCUCCGGACCCUCCUGCAGUGGCGUCUGUUCCACAUCCUCAGUCGCACCUACUGGGUUUACUGGUCACCGUCUAGUGGUGAAUCAAACCCCGCCCCCCCAGGUGAAACUUUUUCUAGCUCUUCACUCUUUUACAGUCAACCCCAAGACAUCCUGCACUGAGCCGGAGAAUGUCUCAUGUAUAACGCGCCUCUUCAUCUUGGAUGUGCUGCUAACAGAAUGCCCGAGGCCUUGUCAGGGUUGAGCUCUCCCUCUGACGUCAUCCUUAAUGUCUAUUUACGAGUGCGCACGUUGGAAGUUACACCAUUGCUCUUAAUUAU